AUGUCAAGUCAAUCGGGAAUCACAGCUUCGCCCGAGCUCAUUGCGGCCUUCAAGGACUACAUAGACACUUCAUCCCGUGCAUUAAUCGUGAAGAUCGUGGAUGAGAAACUGCUGCCACACGAGAUCAUUGCCGGGUCACAAUCACUUGGGACUGAUCUUGAUCUGGUCCGGUCCAAGCUGAGUGACUCGGAGGCGUGUUAUUUGGUGGUGAAAAAUGAAGGCACUAACAAACACACCUUCGUAUCAUUCGUACCAGACUAUGCCCAUGUUAAGUCCAAGAUGCUCUAUGCAUCCACCAAAAAUGCGAUCAUCAGAGAACUUGGAUUGGAGUUUUUUGAGCCAGUCGUUUUCGUGAACGAGUUGGAGGAGAUUUCGAGUGCAGGCUGGAAAGAGAUUUCGGACCACGAAUCUUCCUCCGGGCCGUUAACGGCUUCGGAAGAGAGUCUUGCCAAAGUCAAAGAGCAAGAGACGAUUUCGUUACUCUCAGCUGACAACAGAAGGCGCGAAUUGGCACAGCAUGGUUCUGAGGGAACCCUGAAUUUGAAGAUUGCAAGCGAGCUGCUUUCCAAGGCCUCCAGUCUCCAAAAAGGCGAUUACGUCAAUGCUGAAAUCCUUCCGGAUGAGUCGGUUGCGCUGCGUUCCCAUGGAAACGUCACCAGUGUGUCGGGACUGGCUAACCAGAUUCCCAGUUCGAGCCCCAACUACAGUGUGUACAAGUACGGUGAUUCCAAAGUUGCGUUUAUCUUGACAUGCCCGUCUGGAUCAAAGGUGCGGGACAGAAUGUUGUAUGCGGCAUCGAAGUCUGCAUUCAUGAAGCAGUUGCCUGUUGAGUUUGAGAGGACAAUUGAGGCCGGAGACGCUUCCGAGAUUGAUGUUGGUGAGUUUGAGGAGAAACUUGUCGAAGAGACAGUCUCUAACGGGCUGAGGUUCUCGAAACCAAGAGGUCCAAAGAGGCGUUGA